GUUUAGGAUAGAGGACGGCCUUUGCCAAUCUCGUGGGGAAGGAAACCCUAAUCAUCACUCCGUUUGUUCGUCAUCCUCUCGAAUUCGAUUCUGGAAUCAAUUCGAUUAAUUGGUAAUCCGCCAUGGACGCUCAAAGAGCUCUGCUGGACGAACUUAUGGGUGCAGCUCGUAAUCUGACGGACGAAGAGAGAAGAGGGUUUAAGGAGAUUAAGUGGGAUGAUAGAGAGGUGUGUGCAUUCUACAUGGUUCGAUUUUGUCCUCAUGACCUCUUCGUCAACACCAAAAGAGCAUGCUCGAGGAUUCAUGAUCCAAAGUUGAAAGAGAGCUUUGAGAACUCUCCGAGGCAUGAUUCCUACGUUCCUAAAUUCGAGGCUGAGCUUGUUCAGUUUUGCGAGAAGUUGGUGAAUGAUCUUGACAGGAAGGUAAGGCGUGGACGGGAACGUCUUGCACAAGAGGUUGAACCUCCUCCACCGCCUACUCUAUCCGCAGAUAAAGCUGAACAGUUAUCUGUUUUGGAGGAGAAGAUUAAAAACCUUCUGGAACAAGUGGAAGCACUUGGCGAAGAAGGCAAAGUGGAUGAAGCUGAAGCGCUAAUGAGGAAGGUGGAAGCGCUUAAUGCUGAGAAAUCAGUGCUUUUACAACGUCCAAAUGAGAAGGCACUAGCGAUGGUACAUGAGAAGAAGAUGGCACUGUGUGAGGUUUGUGGUUCAUUCCUUGUGGCUAAUGAUGCUGUAGACAGGGCUCAGUCCCAUGUCACUGGGAAGCAACAUGUUGGCUAUGGCAUGGUCCGAGAUUUUCUUGCUGAACAAAAAACUGCUAAAGAUAAAGGGAAAGAAGAAGAAAGGUUAGUCAGGGGAAAAGAAUCUGAUGAUAAGAGGAAACCGAGGGAGAGGGAAAGCGAGGGUAGGAGGAGUGGUUCCAGGGAAAGAGAAAGACACCGUGAUCGGGAUCGAGAUCGAGACAGGGAUGGGGAGAGACACAGAGACCGUGGUAGAGAUCAUAGAAAGCCAUAUGAUAGGAGAUCCAGGAGUGGGAGAGAGGUUCGUGAUCGGAGCAGGUCACGCUCUCCUCAUGGAAGGUCUGGUCACAGAAGGGUGUCGAGAAGUCCCGUUCGCCAAUCCUAGUUUCAGAUAAUCUCUUGUCUCUGUCUUUGGGGCCAAGAGCUUUGCAAACUCAUGAGGUAGAAUUGUGACAUCCCCCUUAAGUUUUAUUACCAUGUGUGUUUCUUUUGGAACUGGUUUAAAUACUACAGAUGAAAAUUGUCUUUCUACCAAGUUCACACACAGCUAUUCUAAGAGUUUGAGACCUUACCCAAUCUCCAUCGGUUAUUUGUUAAGAUGUCAAAAGCGUUGAGGAAUAUCGGCCUCGAAAGAUAGAUACUCUAUUGAGAUUCAAAAUCACCAAUGGAGAGUGAGGAGGAGGAAUUCUGUGGGAAGAAGAAAGACAUAUGGAUUUGCUGAGAUUUUAUUGGUUAAGUUUGUCUUGUAAACUAUGAUGGUGGUUGAAUUAUGAUUAGUUUAUUUAUCUGAAGAAAUAAAUGGAUUUAUAAGGUGAA